AUGAGAAUUGUGCUUAGCUUAACGCGCCUAUGGAAUGCUCCCAGCAGCAUUGUGCCCAGAGUUCUAUUCUGCCUUCAGUCUCUACCUGCAGCAUGCAGCGCCCCUUGUGUCCUCGUGCGUGCGCCUCUCCCAUUGUGCCAACACGGCCCUCCUCUUCACCCCCCCCCCACCCCACACCCCCUUCCCUCUGCUGUGUGCAGUGUGCUGGGCAGUAACCAGCUGUCUGGGUCCAUUCCCACCACCUUCACCGCACUCGCAGCCCUUACCAUGUACCCCAAGCAGCCCCACCUCCACCCAACCACGGACCUGAGCAGCAACGAUCUGGAAGGGCCCAUUCCCGACUCCAUGGGGCGCAUGGCUAACCUCACUGUGCUCAAUCUAUCGAGCAACAAGCUGAACGGGACCAUACCAGCUGCCCUAGGCUCAAUGACGUCUCUCAAGCACCUCUACCUGCAGAGCAACUCUCUGUCGUCCUCCCUGCCCUCCACUCUGGGAGGACUCUCCGCGCUGGUCGACCUAGCGGUGGGCAACAACAGGCAGCUGAAUGGCAGCAUUCCUGACUCUCUGGGCAGCAUCAGCACCCUUGAGCGACUGUACACACCUCCUGCUGCUCGCACACACACCUUGCCUCUGCGCAUGUGCGGCCAUAAAUCCACCGCCAUACCCACUAUCGCACCAUUGCACCAUCGCUUGCAUUGUACUGCUCCCUCACCCCAACCAUGCUCAUGCCAUGCCGUCCCCCUUCCUCUUUCCUACCCGCCCCACCCUGCCAGUGUACUCAGCGGGAACUCACUGCAAGGCACCAUCCCCAGCACCUUCAGUCAACUCACCAAUCUCGAGCAGCUGUCAGUGCCCUCACACCCCACUCCGUCUUGCCUCCUGCACCUGCCAGCCAACCUGUCACUUCCACCGCCCUUCUCCUCCCUGUGCUCCUUGCAACCCCCCUGCUUCUUUUGCUGCCAUGUAUGA